AAAUACACUUUAAGCGUAUGGCCUUCACCUUGAAGAGAUCCGAUCAACUGAGCGGAUACUAAUACCGUAUGUCGAUAUGAACUUCUACCAGUCAAGGCGCAUUUUCACGAAGACAGUCUGUAGUUUACGACUGCUAAGUAGAUCCAGAUCACAAAAACUGAACGACGGUUACGCCCACAGGCUUUCACAGCGGUAUUCAGCGUUAUCUCAUUCGGCGCGCUUGCCCUUGUCGUCAAGACAACAUACUACUUGGAAGACGACUAAUGUUAGCAGUGAAGGCCGUCUGUCUGAAAACAUCACAGGGAUAUGUUUUACUCCGAGCCGAUGGUACUCCACCGAACUCCCCGUCGAUGACGUCAACAUUGACGUCACACAGUUGGUAUCGAUCAUGGAGAAGGGGGACCCGUAUCUUAUUGACAUCCGUGAGCCCCAAGAGCUUGCUGAGAGAGGAAGUAUUCCGGAGGCAGUGAACAUACCAUUAGGCGAACUGGAAUCUGCUCUCGAGAUGGCGCCUCGUGCCUACAAGAGUUUGUAUGGAAGAGAAAAGCCAGAUGCGACAAAGGCGACGGUUAUCCUUUUCUGUGCUAGUGGCAAUCGGAGCUACCGUGCGGUGAUGCUGACAAGAGAACUCGGAUUUAAGAGGAGCUGGCAUUUGGUAAAAGGGUUCAACUACUGGAAGGAAUGCCAGGAACAGGAGUGACUGCGUUACCAUGACUACCCUCUAUGUUGAACAUAGACACACCGCUACGAUGUGUUCGCUUUUACUAACAUGACCUCAGAAUCUCAGAGUGGAAGAACAAGAGUACCAACCAUGACAUAGAUCUGUGCAAUGCGUUUUAUAUAAACGUUUCUAUACA